ACGAGCUAGAUAAUGUGAGUGUGAGUUUGUUUUGUUCAAAUAAUGGUAUAAAGGCUGACAUUCUUUAUAGAAAAAGCUCUUUGUGUCAAAGUGAUCUUUAGACUCCUCAGACGAUAUAGUUGGUAAACGUACCUGAGUUAUCGAUCCAACCAAGUAUGCAUAGCAGGAACACAUACGUCGAAUACUGCGCUUAUGGCCAGCUAGAAAUCAGGAUUAUUCUGGUAUACUGACCAAAAUGGAGGAAAUGUACUAAUUUGAUGAUCAAUUAUUAUCGAUAAUCAUAAUGAUUGUUCACCUGCAGCUAUAUUGUACAUCAUUAUUAUAACACUUUAUCGAAUAGAGCAGGAAUGGUCCAUUACUCCAAUACUGACUGACCUUACCGUAGGAUAUCAAUAGUACCACAAUUUGAGGAUAAAUGAUUUAACAUUGGGGCUUACGAAAACGAUUGUGGAUUGUGAAAGGAUUUCAACGAUUCAUGCUUGGUUGUUGGACAACACAACGGUUGACAAUAGACCCUUUAACUCGAUUACCGUCCGAAACUAACAAAGCCCCCUAACCCUCUAUAACAUUUACAAAUGGCGUCCCAUGAGGCCGUUUCAAAUCAAGUAAGUCGGUGUGAAUUUCACCUCAUGCUGUGGAUUUAUACUUUACAAUACUACACUUGGGACAGUUGUGAAGGAUGUGGGAAAAUAAUUUCGGAAAAUUAAUAUGGUGAUGACUGAUGUAUCAGAAAUAGUCGGAUGUACGUUUACAGUUAGGCUUUAAUUUGGGGCUAUGUACAUUUCAUGGUUAUAUUGUAAAAUGUGUGAAAUAUUAAAUGUGGACCGGGAAUGAGGAGCACUCAAGAACAUUGAUUUAUACGAUGUCCCUAGAGGUUAAAAGAAUCCAAGGCCUGGAAAUCUAAAAGGGAUUUACUUCAUCAAUAUGGAACCCGAGGAAUAUGACUUUGAUACUUAUGUCCAGGACGAUUCUUUGACAGAGUUCGUACGAGCAAACAAUGAGGUCAUGAAAGUUACCGAAGAAGAGGUCGAUCGUCUGCAAAUUGGUGACGUCAUCUCAAACUCGUUCCAACCGUCAAACAAACGAUGGAAGCGCCCUCAAAUGGCUGUUAAACCAAUUAUCAAUACAGCAGAAGAUAAGGAAAAACAUGUUGAUGACACACCGCUCAAAUCAUCAAAAAGUCUUAAUGAUUUGGUUUGUGAAAACGCCAAAAGAACUAGCCAAUCCAAUAAGAAAAAAGUGCCAAAAGAAAAAAAGAGAUCACGUAAAAAACAUGUAAGUUUCGAUGAAGUGGUAUACUCGUCUGAUCCAUCUCUUGAAGGCGUCGAGCACGCACUAAUAAAAUCAUCACUAGAACUUGAAGAUUUUGACGAAAUCAAUAUAUCUCAACAGGAGCAAACAAUUUCCAGAGACAGUGUUCAGACGAUUAACGUGAAAGCUGAUAUACAUAAUUCUGAUAAUCAUACAAGUCUUCCAAAUGAGAAAAUGGAUGCUUUAGAAUCUCCCAAGGACGAUACUAUGAAAGACCAGAAAAUUACACUCUCUGAACUCGAGGAUAAUUCCAAACAUGGCGUCUGGAAGGUUCCGAGUGUACCAAAACAAAGUGGCUUGAGUCACAGCAAUGUUCCUUCCCAAUCUUUGCCAAAACAAGAUAUUUCUAAAGAUAUUAAACAAAGCAGCAGUCCUUUAGGUCAGGAAUUUGGGAGAUUAUCUGGAUAUGAGAAAAAAACAACUUUUAGGAAUCCUUUUCAGAGUAGAACAGUUGGUCUUACGACCACCAAAGUCAGAUCAAGUAAAAAGUCAUCCAGAUCAAACGCUAAUGUUUUACAAAAGCAGUCAGCUUUACAGACUGAAAUGUUGUCUCUCGCAAGGCUGAAUGAAUCGGUCUCUCCACGCUCCAGAGACAGUUCAGCGUACUCAACAAGUAGCGAUGACGUAUUCACAGAUUCCCGUGACCAGGAGUCCACGUCAUCACAAAGUGGGGUGGAUGAUGUCGAAGGUCAUGUAAUACUUCAGGUUGUCUCAUCUGGAAAUGUCGAAGCUUUGCAUAGACUCACCAAUACUAUGGACGCUGAAAACCUUGGAUCUUUCUUAGAUCGUCAUGGCAACAAUGUCCUUCAUUUAUGCUGCUCAAGCGGCCAUCUUGAAUCUUUAGAGUAUCUCCACCAAUAUUUAUCACCAACAUCAACAGAAAUGUUGGCAGAACAAAACAGGAAGAAACUCACCCCAUUCGGAUGUGCAGUAAAGAGAGGCCAUGUGGAUUGCCUUGUGUGGUUGUUGGAGCAAGAUGGCAAUGAAGAAAUAUUAGGCAACGACACACAGAGACUUCUUCAUAUAGCUGCUAAACAUAAUCAGUUUGACUGCCUCCAUAUUCUUGCAACCAUCUUUCAAGAAGAUCAAAGUGUUAUAAAUAGCAUGGAUGUAAACCGUCUCACUCCACUACACAUUGCCGCAAAGUAUGGCCGACUAGAAUGCAUGCAGGUACUUAUUGAUUUUGGUGCUGAUGUGUUUUCUAAAAAUGCUGAUGGCCUCACCGCGAGUGAGCUUGCUUUAAUAAACGGACACUCACAAUGUAGCAAGUACUUACAAAGUGUGGAAACAUGUGUUGAGUUCAUGGGGGAAAACAUCAAACUUAAACUAGAAAAUGACCGUCUGCUUGAAGAACAAAGGGAGUUUGAGCGUUUUAUGAAACAGACAAUGGAAGCUGUCGCUAAGGUGUCGACUGUCAUGAAAACAGCUGACAAUAACGUAUCCACGGUAGCUCAACUAAAACAGGAAUUCGAGCACGUGACCAACAGACUCGCACGGCAAGUGGAUGUACUUUACCGAGAAAAUACAGCAUUAAAGCAAAAUACAAAUGGAGGGGUGAAAAGCAAUGCCCUCGAGAAACAAAUACAGGAUACGAUGUGUGAUAAUGUGAAACUUGGUGAGGAUCUAGAUAAGUUUAAAACAAAUCAACCUAUCGAGCCCCCAGGGUUGGCAUAUAUCGAGGCACUACAGAACAGUUAUAGUCACUUCAAUACAAAACUCAACACGAGUAGGAAUAGGACACAGAGGGUUAAAUGCGAUCCAAGCCAUAUCCGAAAUGAGGUACGGUUGCAUCUCCUUCAAUUACAGCUUGCCACUGUUAAAGCCACAGAAACGGCAACUGCCAAUGACAAUAAUCACCAUGGCGACCGAAACAAACCAACAGACAAUAAUUGGAAUGCACAUAAGAAUCCAGUCUGUCCCGAUGACUCGCGAUCGACCAUAGCGCAACAUAAAACGAAUACAAAAGGAACUCCAUUAAGUAUUAUAAAGGAAAACCAUCUGAAUGAUGCCAAAACGCAAAGAAGCCGUAGCGAAGGUGAUUAUCCAACAACUGCAAAGACUACUGAACACGAGGUUCAAAACUCAAGAACAGUCAUUCCCCAUCAACACGUUCAGUCUAUCCUAAAACCAAGCGAUCGAAUCCAGUCGACAAGUGACCAUGCUUUAUUCGGGAAUGGAAUUAGCAAUAGGCCUAACGUGUAUCCAAAUCACGUUCAUCAAAAAAAUACCAACAGGAGUAAUAUAAUUCCAGCAGAGAACACACUGGGCCAAAGCAAUAUUACAAAUGUUAUUAAACGUUUUGAAACACUCCAGACAAGCAAUGUUGGGCGUCAGUUAUCGACCACACAUGAUUCUCAAACUAAUUAUUCGCCUAGUUCUAAAGUAAGAUUUCAACUAACAGAUCCACCUCUAAAUCAACCGAAACAUAAGGCAUUACAUAAUUCUGAUGAUGAUGGAUCUACGUCAUUAUAGCUUUUUAUAUUUUUCAAACGUUAAUAUAUUAUUCAAUAAAGAAGUGUUCCAAUAAA